CCUUGGGAUUGCACAAAUAAUGGACCAGUCACUGGAUGAGUACAAUUUGGAAAUGAUAGUAAGAUGCAUAAAUCUAUGCAAUAGCCGCAUUUCUAGAUCUUUUGAAAAGGAAAUCCAGCUUUCUGUUCCUGAUUCUCCACCGAAAUUUUUCUCACAUUUCUCUGCUGCAUGGGUCUACUCAAAAAUGCUCUUUUUGGGUGUUUCAGUGUUUGAACAUGAGCGAAGAUAUGAAGAUGCAGUCGGGCUUCUGAGGGUGCUGCUGAGCAGAUUUACUUGUGACAGCAGGCGGGGUCAUUGGAUGCUGAGACUUUCUGUUGAUUUGGAGCAUUUGGGUCAUCUUGAUGAGAGUCUUCCAGUUGCUGAAGAAGGGGUAUUGGAUCCCUGGGUUCGUGCUGGUUCAAAAAUGGCAUUGCAGAGAUGGAUAGUAUGAUUAGCAAAGCCUCCAAGGCGGUGGAGGGUGCCAGAUUGUGCACAAUUUCUGAAGAGAAAGAUCAAAGAAGUUAAUAUAAAUGGAAGGCCUUUGAACUGUGAAACAGGUGCAAAGAACAUAUUCUAUGGUUAUGAUGGUGAUCUCUGUGGAGUAGAGCAACUAGCUUUGCAAUAUUAUGCAGGAGAUGGAGGCAAUUGGCAGGGGAUCCAUUCUGAAAGUGGUAUUUGGAUAACAAUUUUUGGACAUCUCAUGUGGGAUAUUAUAUUUAGUGACGUGCCAAAUGUUCUUCGUUCGAAGUUUCAGAUGGCACCACUUGACCUCGACACAGAUGACUUUUAUGUUGCUAGAAAGUUUCACAUUGAAUCUCACCUAAAACUGAUACAAAAUGGCAAGGCUGAGGAAAUCCUAACAAGUUCAUGGAAAUCACACUUGGGGACCUCUUGCAGAGGAGUCAAUUGGGAACGCCAUUCCUUGUUUGAAUUACAAACUGUUGUAGCAUGCAUUGGUGGGCGCUGUUUGGCCUAUCCUUGCAGGCAUUUGGCGCAAGAUUACAGGAGUUGGUCCAGUGGAAUGCCGGACUUGUUGUUAUGGCGCUUUCAUGGAGAUAGGGAUGUAGGUGAAUCUAAGCUUGUUGAAGUCAAAGGUCCUAGGGAUCGACUCUCAGAACAGCAACGAGCUUGGUUGUUGCUCCUCAUGGAUUAUGGCUACGAUACUGAGGUUUGCAAAGUGAGCCCAGUUCCUUUGUCGUAA